AUGUGCACCGCGUCGCAGCAGUACUGCCUCCGGUGGAACAACCACCGGUCGAACCUGCUGACGGUGUUCGACGAGCUGCUGGAGAACGAGGCCUUCACGGACGUGACCCUAGCCGUGGACGGGGGUUCCUCGGUGAAGUGCCACAAGAUGGUCCUGGCAGCCUGCUCCUCGUACUUCCAGGCCCUCUUCAUCGACCUGCCCUGCAAACACCCGAUAGUGGUCCUCAAGGACGUCAAGUACUCGGAGAUCAAGGCGAUCCUGGAGUACAUGUACCGAGGAGAGGUGAACGUCGCCCAGGAGCAGCUAGGAGGCCUCCUGAAGGUGGCGGAGGUCCUGAAGGUGAAGGGCCUGGUGGAGGAGAACGGGUCCCAGGGUAGACGAGAGGAAGCCGAGCCGUCCAGGUCGCCGCCACCGGCCAUCAGCACCAGCACCAACCCCGGAGCCGUCCACAGCAGUGGGCAGAUAUCUCCUCCGCACUCCACCGUCAGCCCGUACGGUCUUUAUGGGAAGUCCUCCAUGGACAGGACCCCGGCCAGGAUGUCUCUCCCGAUGUGGGCCCUCCCAGGACUCCCUCAUCUCCCGCAACACGCUAACCCCGAGCCCCAGGUCCAGCCUCGACACCCCCAACACCCCGGGGCCGUCCUGGCUGGGUCUUACGACGAGAAUAUCGAAACCACGCCGCCGAAACGAAGGAAAUACCAGAACCAGCUCGUCAACCGGGACACUCCUAUCCUCAGGACCGUCUUAGGCCAGGGCCACGCCGAUAGCUCCCAGGGGGCUCCUGGGAUUCACCACGAGGGACACGAGACUCAGUUCAGACCUAGCAGCAACGGAUCGGAUAACGACAACGACAGGAGGAACAGCGCCGAAUUAAUCCACGGAGAGGCUCUUCAUAGUCCUUACACGGACGUCUCCAUGAUGGACGAGGACGAGAAACGCGCGUCCUCGCCCCAGUCCUAUCCUGGGGACACCAAGUCGGGUAUCGCCAACUACGUGCCCGUGCACAAGCCCGAGUGGAAGCGGUACAAGCAGUAUACAAGGAACGACAUCAUGUCGGCCAUCGAGGCGGUGCGGUCCGGGAUGAGUGCCUUGCAAGCUGCCAGGAAGUACGGGGUACCCUCGCGCACCCUCUACGACAAGGUAAAAAAAUUAGGCAUCACGACUUCCCGUCCCUUCAAGCGCGGCUCCAACGGCAGCGGGGCUUGCUUCCCCUAUGGGAUCGGCGGGAACGCUAACGGCAGCAUCUACGGGAGCGGAGGAGGCCUCUCGGAGGGGGAGAGCGAGAACAACGCGAGCCUCCUGGCAGAGAACACGAGUUAUCCGAAAACCAGGCCCGACCCUGGAGACAGAGAGGCUCUGGACAUGGCUAGACGAAGUCCCAGUCCAUCCGUCCUCCCCUUGGCGAAGCAACAGGCCAACCUGGCCAACCUGGCCAACCUCGCGAACGAGGACCAGGUAGAGGACCUCUCCGUCUCCAGGAAGACGGACGUCAGGGUCAUCGUGCCUCCGAUGUCGAUCGUCAAGGAGGAGAUCCACGACCCCACGGACAACGUCGGCCUCAACUGAGCUGGACCUCGGGAAUUCCGGAUCCGAGUCGACAUUUUUUAACGAAACUUCCGGGCCUCUAUCGCGUCGCCUUAAGGUUUGCGAUUAGAGCUUUUAAGGAGUAUCAGAAUGCCUAUCGCGUCGCCUUAAGGAUUGCAUUUAGAAUUUUCAAGGAGUAUCAAAAUGUCUAUCGCGUCGCCUUAAGGUUUGCAUUUAGAAUUUUCAAGGAGUAUCAAAAUGUCGACUCGAGAUUCCCUUAUCG